AUGGAUUCCAUUUACAGCUCAUUUUUGCUGACGGAAGCACCGAGUCCUCUGUCGAACAUGACGAUUAUGCCGAAAUCGCCGGCGAGAUUCAAGCUCGGAAGGCAGUCUUCGCUAGCGCCGGAUUCAAGAACCCCGACAGAGACGGUAACGGAAGAUGAGGACGAGGAGCUGGCGGCGGCGGCGGCUGCUGGGAUCGUGGAUCCCACGAUUCGUCUGAUGUAUCUAGCCAACGAAGGUGAUAUCGAUGGGAUCAACAAGAUGUUGGAUUCCGGAACUAAUGUCGAUUACCGUGAUAUCGAUGGUCGUACUGCUCUCCACGUCGCCGCCUGUCAGGGACGAACCGAUGUGGUUCAGCUGCUGCUUAGCCGUGGCGCCACCGUUAAUUCCAUGGACCGAUGGGGUAGUACGCCUCUUGCAGAUGCAGAGUAUUACAAAAAUCAAGAUGUGAUUGAACUUUUGGAGAAACAUGGUGCUAAGCCUCCGAUUGCUCCUAUGCAUGUUCUAACGGACAGAGAAGUUCCUGAGUAUGAGAUCCAUCCUACAGAGCUUGAUUUUUCCAACUCUGUCAAAAUCUCAAAGGGAACCUUUCACAAGGCUUCAUGGCGUGGAAUUGAUGUGGCUGUUAAAACCUUUGGAGAAGAAAUGUUCGCCGAUGAAGACAAAGUGAAUGCGUUUAGGGACGAACUUCAACUGCUUCAAAAGAUACGCCAUCCGAAUGUUGUCCAGUUUCUCGGAGCAGUUACUCAAAGUAGCCCCAUGAUUAUCGUCACAGAGUAUUUACCGAAGGGAGAUCUUCGAGAAUAUCUAGACAGGAAAGGGCCUCUAAUGCCAGCGCAAGCAGUGAAGUUCGCUCUUGAAAUUGCGAGGGGAAUGAAUUAUUUGCACGAGCAUAAACCUGAAGCAAUAAUCCAUUGCGACCUAGAGCCUCCGUAG